AUGUUGAAUAAAAUUUACCAAAUAGCGUCUUUGAUGAAUUCACCGUUGCCGGAUGACUCGUCGCAUUUUUUGAAAGAAGAUCGAAAACUGAUUGAUGGUGCAGCGAUAGAAUUAAAUGCGCCCUUGGCAGCUGUUCCAGAGAGCUAUCUUCCGGGACUGUUUGGUCCCGAUGUUAACCUAAAUAUUGAAGACGAGAAGUAA